UGCAUUCAGCCAGCAGCAGCUCAGCAGGAGCUUUCCCCCGUUUUCUCCUCCGCGAUGGUUGUCAAGCUCGUGCAGCACGAGCACGGCAAGGGCCGCGUGCGCAUGCUCAAGGUGACUCGCACGCCCGAGAAGCACUCGGUGAUUCAGCUGGAGGCGGAAGUGCUACUGGAGGGUGCGCUCGCCGCCAGCGCCUACUACGAGGGCGACAAUGGUCACGUGCUGCCCACGGACUCGGUCAAGAAUACGGUGUGGGUGUUGGCAAAGAAGCACGAGUUCGCAUCGCUAGAGGAUUUUGGCGUCAUCCUAGCGCAGCACUUCGUCACCAGGCACCCAGACAUUAUCAGCGUGGCCAAGGUGAAGCUCAUCGAGACGCCGUGGGAGCGCGUGGUGGUGCCCGACUCAAAGGGUAAGACACGUCCGCAUCAUCACGCCUUUGUCAGUGCCAGUUCCGGAUUCUCCACCGCCUAUGUGGUGGCUCGCAACUCGACGCAUGGCGCCCCGGAAGUGACGGUGCAAGGCGGUGUGGAUGGCCUUAAAGUGCUAAAAACCACGCAGAGUUCUUUUGUUGACUUCUUUCGUGAUGCGUACACGACGCUGCCUGACGUACCCGCCCGCCUCGUCAGCACGUGUGUCAUGGCCACGUGGAACUACACUUCCGAUGCCAUCGGCGGAGACUUCAUCGCCAGAUCUGCGGAGAUCAAGAACGUACUACUCGCGACCUUCGCAGGCCCAGCUGAUGUUGGCGUGCCCAGUCCUGCUGUGCAGUUUACGCUGUACAAAAUGGGCGAGGCUGUGCUGGAGAGAUGCCCGUAUGUUAAGGAUAUCAAGAUCACGAUGCCCAACAUCCACAACAAUCCCAUUGACCUGUCUCGCUUUGGCUGCAAGAACAUCCACCCCCACGGCGAGGUGUUCCUGCCGACAGACGAGCCACAUGGCAUCAUAUCGGCCACGGUGGUGCGAUCGACGUCUAAGCUGUAG